AUGGGUCACGGCCGUGCGUUGCAGUCGUUAAGUUACUAUUUGCUGGAGAAUGACGAUGAUAUGUUUGCCACUUGCGAAUCAUGUCGUCGGUUUUAUGAAUCGUACUUGGUUGCAAUAAAGGAUAUGGUUGUUCGUGGUGCACCAGCUAUCGCCAUAGCUGCUGCUCUCUCAUUGGCAGUGGAAGUUUCGAAUUUGGAAGCAUUUAGCGGGACAGCCAUUGAUGCUGCAUAUUUCCUCAGCAAGAAAUUGGAUUAUCUUGUCUCAAGCCGCCCGACAGCUGUCAAUCUCUCAGAUGCUGCAACUAAACUCAAGGAAAUCGUGCAUGAAGCUGCAACCACUGCUUCUGAAGCUCAGGCCGUGUUUCAGACUUAUAUUGAAGCUGCUGAAGUUAUGCUUGAAGACGAUGUUGCUUCAAACAUGGCAAUUGGACACUAUGGGGCUAGUUUCCUUCAGAAGCAGCAGGGAAACCACAAAACCUUGUCUGUUUUGACCCAUUGUAACACAGGCAGCUUGGCAACAGCUGGAUAUGGAACUGCUCUAGGCGUGAUUCGUGCUCUCCAUGAAGAAGGGGUUCUCGAGAGGGCUUACUGUACAGAAACACGCCCAUUUAAUCAAGGGUCGAGACUCACAGCCUUCGAGCUGGUGCACGAAAACAUUCCGGCCACCCUAAUAGCCGACUCAGCCGCCGCAGCACUUAUGAAAGCUGGGCGAGUGAGUGCCGUCAUUGUCGGUGCCGACCGUGUGGCGGCUAACGGUGAUACUGCCAACAAGAUAGGGACCUACAGCCUUGCCCUGUCGGCAAAACACCACGGAAUCCCGUUUUACGUGGCGGCCCCACUUACGUCCAUUGACCUGUCCCUUUCUUCCGGUCAGGAGAUUGUUAUUGAGGAAAGAUCGGCUAAGGAGCUACUGAAUGCACGCGGAGGAUUGGGCGAACAGGUGGCGGCUCCCGGAGUUUCCGUUUGGAAUCCGGCGUUUGAUGUCACACCCGCUGAUGUCAUCAGCGGGCGUGAUUACGAAAAACGGGACCGAUACAUUCGACAUCAAAAGAUUCACACAGAGGGUAGCAAGCAAUUAUCCAUGACGAGGAAUGUAUCUUAA